GGCAGACAACAAUAGCUGGUAGCUGGCUACCGAGGAGCAGGACUUUCCAGAAGUUGUGGCACCAGUAGUAACCGAAGUUGCGGCCCCAGAAACUGGACAGACAGCCGGAACUGUAGCACAACCAAAAGCCGAUCAGCAGCUCAUUCAACUUUGAGUGCUUUAUGGUGCUAGAGAGCAGCAAUAUAGCAACGGCAAUAAGAACAACGGAACAGCGUUAACAACCAUCGCAGCCUGGGGCAGGAAGUAUCAUCUACCGAACCGACAGAGGAACAAAGCCAUUCGCCAAGAUGGCUGGCGGGGGAAGAACAGCCGGAAAAUACGGUUACUCGGACAACAGUUAUUACAGUAGUCACUCCUACAAGAGCAUCAACGAUGAGAUUAUCCUGGUUAGCAUUAUAAUGGGAAUCACCAUACUGGUCCUUAUCACCAUCGCCCUGUGCUACAUUGCGUAUGAAAAGUGCCAGAAGAAGCGGGAGUACUAUAUAAAUGCCUAGAGAGGCUCUAGAUGGGGCUGUUUCACGGCCUGGGGGCUCGGUGGAUCCUUUCGUUUACUUUUCCUUUCAGUUGGUAUUUACUCUUCUCCUACUGGUGGCAUUGCAAUGCUAAAUGUCAACACGGUCUGCAACAAUGUUGAUGUUGACGAUUUAGUUGGCCAACAAAAAUAACCAAGAGUGUGGCGGUAUCCUGCAUACUGCAUCCUGCAUCCUGCCCCACUCGCGUAGAUACAGACCCCACACAUACACAGAGUCGUCACACAAAUCGGAAUGCAGCGGAAUUUGUGCUGUUUAAACGUUUCUCUCCAGUCUUCCGUCUCUGCAUUUUUUGUUGCCUUUGCAGUUUCUGAAGUGGCUGCUGGAACGGAAGAGGAUGCAUGGGACAUGGGGCAUGGCUCUAUUAUGUUGCCACAGUGUGCACAGUGGGAUUGAAUAAUGUAACAGAUUUUUCCAAGCAAUUGCCAUGGCAGCAA